AAAAAAAAAGGUUUUAUUAAUUCAUAAUGAAAAAAAAUAAUGCUGACACUGAUCCCAAUGAAAUCACUCAAAAUACUCAUUCAAGUAGUCAAUCAGAAAGUAGAUCAUACUGCAAAUACUGUCUCCAUAAAAUACACGCAACAAGAAAUAUAAGCGGAAUCUGCAUAAAUUGUAAAAAAAGAAAAUAUGAAACUUGUCCUGAAUUUUCAUUUGCAGAAGGUUCUAAACGUGUUUUGACUGAUUCAAAUUUUGAUCAACAUCAAACCAUUCAAUACACCAAAUUUGCUAAUUGCCAGCCUAUGAAGCUUGAAUUUUUCAAACAGAACUCCAGUCAAAUUGUCUCCACAUAUUGCUUAUUGUCGAAUGAAAAUUCAUUAAUGUUAUCUAAGAAUAUCCCAUUUCAAAAUGACAUUGUGUCAGAAGUUUUUUCUGGACGAAUUUCAUUCAGUAGAGAUCAAAAUGGAAAGGUACAUAAUGAUCAUCAAGAGGCAGACACUGCCAUCACAAACAAUAUGAACAAUGAUGAUUCUAUCCUUCAAAUGUCUGUUAGGGCUUCUGCAACACCAAAUAUUAUCAACAAGUUAGGUCCCUAUACAAAAAUCAGCAGUGAAGUAAAAAAAAUUUUAAACUUUGAUUACCGUUUGAAGCCUCAGCUUUUGGAAUUGAUCCCUGCGUUGUUCCAUGGUGCUAUUAUUCAAGAUAGUAGCAUUGCUUUAGUUGUUUUGACUUCUGAAGUUUACUCUAGAAGCAAUAAUAUUGAUAUUCAUUCAGAAUCGACGGAGUAUUCCAUGCCUGAUGAUAAUAAUAAUAUCAAUUGUUCAGUGCAUAUUAAAUCAGAUGGAGGAAAAGAGGUACAAAAAUUAAUCAUUGGAAGUACUUCUUUAAAUAUAUUGAUAGUGUCGUCUGUUGAGAUCUCCAAAGACCCCAAAGUACACGUGGGGCCAGGAGUAGAUUUUGGUCAAUCCAGAAUCUCUCCUGAAACAUGCAGUAUCUUUGUUCGUACAGCUUGCGAAGAACAAUUAUUGAAACGAUUUGGUAAUAGCCAAUCAAUACCUACAAGUUUGAACAAUAUGAGACAAUUAUUGACACAUUUCAGCAAAGUUUCGACGUAUAAACCAUGGAGAAGUAGUCUUCACAAUUUCGACACCACCUUGACCAUGCCGGCAACUACCGUUACCUUGUGUAGUAUGCCUUCAUGCGGAUAUGGUUUUGGGCCUAAUUCCUUAGCUUCGAUAUCUUCACAAUUGCUUCAAAUAAUUGCAAUUGCCGUGGUUUACAACAAAUGCAUACUCAAGAUUAAUCAACUUGAAGAUUUUUUUUUGGAAUACGAUCCAAUCAUCGACAAAAAAAACGACUACAAGGAUUGGGAGCCAAUGUGCAAAAUUGUUAUACAAUUAAAAAAAGAAUUUAAAAAAGGUGAAGAAAUUAAUGUCAUUAAAUUCUGCCUCGAAAAUAAUAUCUCCAUAAUUGCAAAAGGAUUAAGUAGUGCAAUAUCUACGGCGAAUGUCACAAUUAUAAAAAACAUUAAAAAUAAAUUCUUAUCACUUUACAAGUAAUUUUUUUUUUUUUGUUAAAAUACACUUUUUAGCUGGUGUACUUUUGGUGUACUUUUUUGUGGGUGUAUUUUUAAGCUGGUGUACUUUUGGUGUACUUUUUUGUGAGUGUAUUUUUUAGCUGGUGUACUUUUGGUGUACU